CUCCCAUCUCGCAUGCUGCGAUGGAGCAACCCUCAGUCCUGCAGCUGUGCUGAACCGCGCCGCCGGCUCCCGCUCCUUCUCCGUCGCCACAGGAACCCCUGCUGCCCGGCCAUGACCAAUUUGUCCUGCUGAACCAUGUCAUGGAGACCAUCGGCAUGGGCCGGUAUCAGUGGUUCAUUUUUGCCUGCUGUGGCAUCGGCUGGCUGGCAGACAACAUGUGGAUUCAAGGCAUUGCCGUCAUUCUGCCGGCUGUCCAAGCCGAGUUCAGCGUCUCGGAUACCUGGAUCGGAGUCACCAUCAGCUUCCUCUUCAUCGGCAUGAUGAUCGGCGGGCUGCUCUGGGGCCUCGUCAGCGACCACUUUGGUCGUCGGCCGGCAUUCAUCUACACCCUGCUUCUCGGCUCCGUCUUCGGCAUCCUCUGUGCAGUCACCGGCUCUUUUACGGCGCUGCUCUUCUGCAUUCUCGGUCUCGGCAUUGGCGUUGGAGGCAACCUCCCUGUCGACGGGGCCCUGUUUCUUGAGUUCAUUCCGUCCUCUCGCCAGAACUUGCUGACGCUGCUGUCGUGCUUCUGGCCCAUCGGCCAGGUCGUUGCCUCGCUCCUCGGCUGGAUCUUCAUCCCACGGUACUCGUGUGCAUCCUCUGCACCCUGCGACUCGUCCCGCAACUUUGGAUGGAGACUUGUCAUGGCCGGCCUCGGGCUCGUCAGCACGUCGUUUCUGAGUCUGCGCUUUCUGGGCACGCGCGGUGGCCUUCUCGAGUCGCCAAAGUUCUUGAUCAACAAGCAGCGAUUCAAGGAUGCUGUCCAAGUCGUUGAGUCGCUCUCUGCAGCCAACGGCUCAGAGAUCCGGCCACUGAUUCAGCCCUGGAUCGACCACACGUUGGAGCUGGAGCACGUCGCGGACGCCAGUCAUGAUCUCGAACAGGCCGCUGUCAGCGAUCCUCCGGCGCUGUCUCGGAUGUCGGCCCAGAUCCGCCAGGCCUACAGCGAUAGCCUCACCCACAUCCGCGAGCUGUUCAGCCAUGACAUGGCCCUCACCACCACUCUGGUCUGGCUCAUCUGGUCCCUGAUCUCAGUCGGAUACACCAUGUUCAACGGGUUUCUGCCAAAGUACCUUGGAAACUCGGGCGAACCCAACAACCCCAUCUCGGUCGACGAAAUAUAUCGCAACUAUGUGAUCACGUCGAUAUUCGGCAUCCCUGGAUCCAUCAUUGCCAUGUAUACCAUCAAUGGUUCGUUCGGCCGCCGCGGAACCAUGGCGGUGGCAACCUUUGGAACUGCGGCGUCCAUGUUCCUCUUCACGCUCAGUCGCGAACCCACCAUGCAAUUGGCGGCCAGCUGUUGCACGUCGCUUCUCCAGAACGUCAUGUACGGUGUGCUCUACGCCUACACUCCCGAAGUCUUUGUCUCCAAGUAUCGUGGGACCGCCACAGGCAUCGCCGCUGCGCUCGGCCGCAUCACAGGCACCAUGGCUCCGCUGCUCACGGGCCAGCUGCUCCGCCACAGCCUCUUUGCCCCUCUCUAUGUCGGCGCCGCUAUAUUGACGGCAGCGGGGGUGUGCAUGGCGCGGCUGCCGAUUGAAACGAGAGGGCGUGCAGCCCGCUGAGUGUUUAUUGAGAUAGAGGAGCUCGCCCCCGCCCCAGCAACGGCAAUCCAUCCACCCAUCAAAGAUAGACAGCACCUCACAUCAAAGUGGCAUCCAUGACCGUCGAGUCUGCUGUUGGUGAGUUAUAUUGUGUUGCAUUGCCAACCAGGAUAUACUGUUCAGUUUCAUCGUGCCGAUAGGAUGUGGGGGGGGGUUUUGACUCGCUCGGCCCAGUCUCCAGAUUUUGAAUUCCUCGGCCCUCUGCUUCUCUCUGAC